UUCUCUUAUAGUCUCUUGCUGCUGUCUCUCUUUCUCUCUGUAAACAUGGGUUCAGAAGGAGGAGGAGAGUUGAUUGUGAAAGUGAGCAAGAGGGAGGUUGUGGCAGCAGUGCUGCCACUGCAAGAGCAUUGGCUACCACUAGCCAACCUAGACUUGCUUCUACCCCCAGUUGAUGUGGGUGUGUUUUUCUGUUACAAGAAGAACUCCAGCUUAUUGGGAAAGGACCUCUCUAAUAAUUUUGGCUCCAUGGUUGGGGUUCUUAAGAAGGCCUUGGCCCAAGCUCUCGUGACAUACUAUGCUUUUGCUGGUGAGGUGGUGUCAAACCCUGUUGGUGAACCUGAGAUUCUUUGCAAUAACCGUGGUGUGGACUUUGUCGAAGCUUUUGCUGAGGCAGAGCUUAAAGACCUCGACUUUUAUAACCCUGAUGACACCAUUGAAGGCAAACUUGUGCCCAAGAAGAAGCAUGGUGUGCUCGCUGUCCAGGCAACCGAGCUCAAGUGUGGUGGGUUGGUUGUGGCGUGCACGUUUGACCAUAGAAUUGCAGACGCCUACUCGGCCAACCUAUUUCUUGUGUCAUGGGCUGAGAUGGCUCAGUCUAAACCCAUCUCUACGGUGCCAUGUUUUCGUCGUUCUUUACUCAAUCCUAGACGCCCUGGUUCAAUUCAUCCAUCUUUGAACGACAUGUAUGUUCCAGUGACCUCAUUGCCUCCACCCAAAGACCCACAACCUGGUGAUGAUUAUCUUAUUAGCCGCAUAUACUACAUUAAAGCUGACCAACUCAACCUGCUCCAAUCACUAGCUACCACAACCAAUGGUUGCAGGAGGACUAAACUAGAGUCCUUUAGUGCCUUCUUGUGGAAGAUGGUUGCUAAACAUGCUAUUCUUAACAAUGUGGACAAAAAGGUAACCAAAAUGGGCAUUGUUGUGGAUGGUAGGACAAGGUUAAGUGAUGGAGAUAUAGACAAAGCUUCACUCAUGGAGUCUUACUUUGGAAAUGUGCUAUCCAUACCUUAUGGAGGCAAGGAAGUAAAUGAGAUUGAUGAAAAUCCAUUGAGUUAUGUGGCCAAUGAAGUUCAUGAUUUCUUGGAUGGUGCAGUGACCAAGGAACAUUUCUUGGGGCUCAUAGAUUGGGUGGAGUCUCAUCGUCCAGUGCCAGGGUUGGCUAAGAUAUAUUGUAGUGGGAGUGAAGAUGGACCAGCUUUUGUGGUAUCAUCAGGGCAAAGGUUCCCAGAGUCAAAGGUGGAUUUUGGAUGGGGUAAGCCAAUAUUUGGGUCAUACCAUUUUCCAUGGGGAGGUGACUCAGGGUAUGUGAUGCCAAUGCCAAGUCCAAGUUGCAACGGUGACUGGGUUGUGUACGUGCACCUCUUGAAAGGCCAAGUGGAAUUGAUAGAGACUGAAGCUGCUCAUCUCUUUAGACCCUUGACUUUUGAUUAUCUCCAACAUUGUGCUAUUUAAUUACUUAUUUGUCGUGCUUUGUUCAAUUUGGACGGCUUCAAAUGGUGGAGUCGGAACCUUGGAAGUCAUAUAUAUGCGUACUUAUGUAUGUAACUAAGUGUGCUCAAUGCCUAGUGGGAUUGGACAAUCGUUCGCUUCGCAACUUUUUCUUUUACUUUGUUGUAUUAUAUUAUGAUGGUGUUCUUUAUCUACUGUUUGUAAUAACCUUUUUAUUUUAUUAUUAUUUUUUAUUCAAUGUACCAACCCACCAUCUCUUUAUCAUUGAU